AUUGUUUAGCUCACGACGUCGCGGAAAGUUUGGAUUGGAGGUCAAGGUCGCCGUUCCUCAUCAUUUUAAGUACAAUUCUUGAAACGAGUUUGGUGUCUUCCGGAUUGUUGUAGAAAAAAACAGUUGAGAUGCAUCUUGUUCGUUUCGCUGUUUUAGAUACAUCACUGAAAGCUACUUAGAUUACUAGGAGUUGCUUAUUACCCUAAAUAUAGCAGACUUCUGGGAGAUUUCAAAUCAUGAGUUCACGUAUUCGUGAUCAUAUGAGAUUAUUCUUGUUAACUGUACUCAAUGAAGAUCCCCGACUGUUGUCCUUAUGCACGCUAAAUGAAUUGACGUCUGUGUUUGUACAAGAAAUGAAUAUUGAACUCAGUGAAAAAUCCUACUCAAAGCUUAAACAUUUUGUGUGCUCUUUUCUGUAUAAUUUGAUGAAUGACGAGGGAGUUGUAACAAAUGGUGUGGAUCCUCAUGCUCAGAAUAAUUGCUUACCGGUUAAAAAUGCUUCUCCUGCACCCGAAACACGGAGACGUGUGGUCAUGCUUUCUCGUGAUGAAGUAAUGGCAUUAGCGGCUGCUACUGUUGCCGAUAAAACAACUCCCGCUGUAUCUAUAUCCAACGAUGGGGAAAGUGUUAGUAAGCGCAUUAAACAAUUACGUCAAACUCCUUUGAUUGGAACUAGGUCAACUGUUCGAACGUUUGUGAAUAAACCUAUAAUAAUUAAUGAAGUUAAAAGUCCAACCUCAUCUAAUUUAGAGGUUACUCCUCUUAGAAAUAUUCAACUUAUGCAAACACCUCGAGUAAUUGAAUCACACAAUCAUAAAACGGAAUCUUUUAAAAGUAACUCUACUAACAAUAAUAGUUCAACUACAAUUUCUAUCAAUAAACCAAAUUUAUCUGCAUUUAUUUCUCAAUCUUCAAAAAAUGAUUGUAAACGUCAUAUAUCUGUCCCGUCGUCUUCAUUCACUUCUACUACUAAUGUUACUACUGCUACUAAUAAUAGCGUCAAUAAUAUUUCAGCUACGAAAACAGGUAUAACGAUAAAGCGACAAUUAAGUGAAGCGGUGAUAUCAAUUCGACCUGCAACUAGUCGUUUGUUAGACAACAAUUAAAAUUGAUGAUGUCGAUACAUAUAACGAUCCUAACGUGUAUGAAUAUAAAGAAGAUCGUAUUCCCAUAUUUCUGUUUUAGAAGCAUUCAUUUUAAUUCAAAGAGUAUAAGACACUUAUUUUUUCGUUUUGCAUUUCUUUUCAUACACAUCUUUACGUUAUUAUUAGUGUACACAUACAAAAAGGAGAUGAUUUUCAGCUUUUUGAUUCUGUUAAAGAACAAUCAAAAUAAGUGUCAUAAAUUUAUUUGUUUAAAUUUGUAUAUAAUCAGUAUUUACCUGUUCACUGUUAUUAUUUAUACCACAGGCUAUUUUUAAAUAUUGCGUAAACAGAGUUUAACGAUAGGUGUAUAAUCUCUCCUUUGUUCAUGAAAUUUAUGUAAAUGGUACUGUAUUCAAUAGAGACAUCAUUCUCUAUGUAUAAAUAUAAAUAUAAAUGUAUAUUUCCAUACUUACUUUCUGACAUAAUUGCAUACUAUCUCGUAUUACUUGUUAAAAAUUAGUCUGUAAACACUGAAAAUAUAAUAUUAUCUACAUGUAUCAUGCUUUGAAUGCACAGAAGAUAAUCAUCACGGUUAUCAGCGAGAAUUCGCUGGUAUUUGUGGAUCUAAUGGGGCUUACGGCGAAAAGGGCCUAUGAUGACUUUUUCACAUUACGUGUUAGAAUCCCAUGGAGGAAAUAAAUUUCCCCAAGAUAACAGAUACUUCUUAUUAAUGAUUGCCAACUAGUAAAGAAUGUUGAUUCAGGUCUUCUUACCGAUUAACCCCGACUAUCUAACACAAAUAUGGUGUUCCGUGAAGUCCAGUCACUUAUAUUAGUGGUCUUAGUGCAAUCAAAGCUUAGACAAGAUUGUAGUGGUUAAUACUAAGUGUCUAAUUAGUACCUAGUUGGAUCAGUCCAGGUACAUCGUUAGUGAGCAGAUUUGACAGGUAAAGGAGAGGAUAUCAAGGUUAUGGAGUCUACUCAAGUGGUUCUGGUGAGUGACAUUAAGAGUUUGCGAUUAAUUGCAUGCUUAAAAUCGAUUUUGGAAAAAGAUUGCCAUAAGAGCAUUCUGCAACUGGUACCACUAGAACAUGCACAAUAAUUUAGUGAUUUGUCUUAAGCUACUUACAAGUAACCAAAAUCUAUCCUCACCUGAAUCCGUGAAAAAGCGUUUUUCAGUGUCUAGCGAAUCUUGAAAUGAGCGUGGUUAGACAAUUCUGGAUCUAAUCCUUAAUUUUGGUGAAGUGUUUGAUUUAUUUAGGUCUCCACAGCAAUAUCAUGCCGGAACAAACUAUAAAAACUCCGAAAUGAAGAAUGCAAAUAAUCUACUAAAUAAACACCAUUACUAGUCCUUAGUGUAUUCGUUUAAAUAAUCUGGUUUUGUAUUAUCCUGAGUGUAUGGAACGGUGUGUACAUAAUGAACAUUGUGGGAAUAGUUGAGUGACACUUAAGUGUAGAGGAAAUUCUUUUGGAAUACCUAUUAAAAUGAUAGUCAUCAUCUGAUUUGGAAGCGUUUUGAUUAUUCCACAAACAUUAUGUCGGGUUGUUCUGAUGAACUUGUUUUCAACUGGUUAUCUAUAUGGAUUUUAGUAUCCUUCUGUUAUCUUAUGUCGCCGUUAGUUGCUUUGUUCAACUGACCAUGAAUAAAAGCUACAUAUAUGUCCCCAUUGAUUAACAGAUUGACUCGAAUGCCAUGAUUCUAGCCAAGCUUUGGAAUUAAACUACUCAGCUCAGAGAACUGUAUCUGACUAAAAACACCUGAGCUGCAUACUUUCUUCAUCACUUCAAGGUUUGAAUUCACAUGAGUUACGGUCAACCCUCCAUGGAUAACUUCCUGUAAGAAAUGAUUAGGUAUGUAAUCUGUCUAUAAGAUUGUAAAAAAUCUCGUUUUCUUAGAAUAUAUGAUAAAUAAAAUCUAUGAGCAAAUAUGUGUUCGCUAGGAAGCUAUUAAACGAUACCAGCGAUCUUCAGAGGGAAAAUAAUUCACCGUAAAAUUGGCAAUGCAACUUGUGGACCAAUACCUUUACAAAUAAAAUCCAAAUUUAGGACUUGUUAAAUAUUUCGUAAAAUUUUUUCCCUAAUUCUAAGACAUAGUGAUCGACAAUAAAUACCAAAUAUUUGGUUAAGUUUUUUAUAAACUUACGUUUUUAAUAUUUCACUUUUAAACCAUAAUCCUUCCUAUGGCAAAGUACCCUGUACAAACGACCUAACGAAUCUCCUCAGGUUAAUCUGAAAAGGACAAUGUGGCUCUUGUGACCAAGAACACCUGUUAUGUUAGCAAUUAUAAUAUAUAUAGUUUGCUGAAAUAUAGCGUGAGCUGACCUGACGAAAAGCAGUAGAAGGGUACAAAAACAGAACCUUUGCAUAUAUUAAUUGUUAUCUAUUCUCAGCGCUCUUUGUUACUGCUACCCGCAUGUAUACAUUAGCUAGAUCAACCUGCACAUAGAAGCUAC